AAUCAUCGGAUGAAUGAUCUUUUAAAUUGGCCGUCAUCUCCUACCUCCGGCUGGCGAAAUUAGGGCUUUGAAUCUGUGGAAGCUUUGCUGAUAUCAAUCAAAUGGGUCGUUUCAAAAACAAUAAGAAGGGUAGGGUCAAUGUGAAGCCUAUUGCGAUGAAGAAGAACAACCAAGCGAAUGUUGAUCAUGUCACCGGUGAUAAGAUCCCAAAAAGCUUCGUCUUUUCGAGGACGAAGCUUCCUGGCUCUGUCAAACAGCUUCAGAUGGAUUUGAGGAAGCUCAUGCUUCCCUACACUGCUCUCAGUCUUAAGGAGAAGAAGAGGAACACUUUAAGAGACUUUUUGAAUGUAUCUGGUCCAAUGGGUGUUACUCAUUUCCUCAUGCUAAAGAAAACAGCGUCUGCGUUGUCUCUGAGAGUAGCGAGAACCCCUCAGGGUCCUACUCUCACGUUCAAGAUUCAUCAGUACUCGUUAGCCUCGGAUAUAGCUCAGUCUCAGCUUCGGCCUAGAUGUCCUCCAGAUCUUUUUAAGAACCCCCCUUUGAUUGUACUUUCUGGAUUUGGCACUCAGGAGCUGCAUCUGAAGCUAGCAACGAUCAUGUUUCAGAACAUAUUCCCAGCUAUUGAUAUCAACACUGUCAAGCUCUCUACAUGUCAGAGAUUAGUACUCUUGAACUACAACAAAGACACAAAACUCAUUGAUUUUCGGCAUUAUUCCAUAAGGCUUCAGCCUGUAGGAGUGUCUCGUAGGCUCAGAAAGUUUGUGGAAAAGCAUGAGGUUCCUGAUCUUAGGAAUCUGCAGGAUGUUAGUGAUUUUGUCACCAAGGCUGGGUAUGGAUCAGAGAGCGAAGGAGAUGAAGAAGCGGCGACAGUGACACUAUCAUCUGAUCUAGGCAGAGUUAAUAGGGGGUCCACAAAGAGUGCAGUGAAACUGCAAGAGAUUGGACCGAGGAUGACUAUGCAGCUAGUUAAAGUGGAGGAAGGGUUGUGUUCAGGAGGAAUCAUAUUUGAUGAAAGCGAAAAUGUGGAUGAAAGGACAGCCAAGAAGAAGCAAAAUGAAGAUGGCGAUGAAGAGGGUAGUGGAGAAGAAGGUGAAGAGGGUAGUGAAGAAGAUGGAGAAGACAUGGAUGAAGAUCUUGAAGAUUGAGACUUUAGAUAAAGUAAGUUUUGUUCUUUGAACCUCUUAAGUUGACAUCUAUUGUCGGGCUAAAUAUACACGGU